CGGGAGCGUGGAGAUCGGCGCGCGUGCCGCAUCUGCGAGCGGACGCGGACGAGUGCAUCUCUCCAGCGAGUAACGGGAACCAAGCUGGGAAAUAGUCUCGUAGAGAUGCUGCACCGAGAUUCGUGCUCCUUAACGACCGAUUCUCACUGGUAAUAAGCACGCUCUCGGCCAGUAAUGUCACCGUUAUCGAGUUAAUUAUGGCGUGGAUCCAGACGAUCUGGCGACCAGACACUGGAAAUUCUGCUGACUUUCUAUGAACUUGUUUGGGAUCUUAGUUACCACGAUUAUGGGAUUUUCUUGCCAUUUCUUGGAAACUUGCUAUGUGUGAGAUUUCUGGAAGUUUUGGAUUGGUAAUAAUUGAAGAGGGUCAAAAAAUGCUGGAAGGAUUCGUAAGUAACUUUAUGAUUAAUUUACGAUUUGAAAUAAUUAACUGCUUAAGUUUCAAUUUCUUUUAUUUUUUUAUUUUGAAUUUUAGUUUCUUAGCCACCUGAUAUAUAUUGUUUCGUAAUCAUAGAUUUUAAUAUAGUAGGAAGUGAAAGGAAAGCAAGUGUUUCUAUAAAUACGAAAGAGACGAGAUUGUUUAUUGAUACGAAGGAUGUGUCAUAACAGAAAUGGUCGAGGGAUUAACUUUUUUUAUCUUGAUAACAUAACACGAGAAAGAUAGAAAAUUCCUAGAUAAAGAAACCAUUCCAAAUUGAUAGACGAAAUUGAUCAUUCUGAGUUAUCGAAUUCUUUCGUUAACAAAAUAGCUGUUUGAAAUACCUGAAUUUAAUCUUGAAUUUCAUAAAAUCUAUACUCUGAACUGUGUAGUAAAAUAGAACUCAAAGUCAGAAUAGCUACUGCAUAGUAAUACAAAUUACUUAUGAAUUACUUAUGAAUUUAGAGAAUUUAUACAGAUGUUGAAUACAUGCGUGAUGAAAAUUUGUAAAUUCUAAUUGGAUAAUUUUUGGAAGAGUCGUAACACAACUAGACGAGGAAGGCUCGUAGUUGGUGAUCUGGAAUGCAAAUUGACAGAUGGAUGUUUGAAGAUGCAACAUUUCAGAACGCUUAACACGAUAGUUUCUGUUAUGCAGGAUGUAGGUGAUGCAGCAGCCAGAUGUAGGUUACCAAUUGACUGCUUUGAAGACCCAUUCAAGGGGCGUUCGUAGUGAAUAGAGCGAUUAGAGUAAAUCUAAGCGCCUCACCACCCACUUAACUUUACGUGUGUAAGUCGUCGGUCAUGCGUUUCUUCUAUUUAAUCCCGACAGAAAUACUAAUCUCCCUUUGAUAACCCUCCUUCCUAGAAACAAAGGAAGAAUUGAAGGGGAAAAUGGUACAAAUAUCAACAUUUUCCAUUUGAUGAAACCUCAGUUGAAAUAAUUUUAAUGAAGUUUCAAGAAAGAUGAAAUUCUUUCCUUCGUACAUUAUGCAAAAUUUAAAUCACAUUCUUCUUUCUUAUAAUAAAUUUUAUAACCUGAACGUCCCAUUAAAGAAUAGUAACAUUGGUCACCGUUCUGUGAAGGACUCUUUGGCUCUUAAUUUUUCGGAAUUGCAUUCGUUAUUUACUAUGAUUAUAUUACACUUUGAUUACCUUGCAACAAUCCUUGAAUCUUUAUACUUCAACCUUAUUUUUAUUUCAAUAAACAGAAAGGCUUUUAAUGUUUCAUGGAAAUAAUUUAAUAUAAAAUUGGAUAAUAACGGUACUUUCAUAUCUGCUUCGAUUUCAGAUGCUUUCUAACAUUAGGGAAAUACGAUUGGGCCGAUAACGGCUAAAAGAAAGCAACAUGAUUAGUUCUAAUAUACGAUGUAGAAAUUUCAAUUUUGAUUUGGAAUGAUUCAUAAUGAUUUUUCUUUCAGAUUCUUCAAUUAUCAUUUUCCUUUUUAUUCAACUAUCUUAUCACUUCUUUACAUAAUUAAGUUCUAAAUAGUAUUUCCAACUUUGAAGUCUCUAUUUGUUUCUCCAUUCUAAAAGAUCUUCUAGGAUAAAGGUACCAAACGAUAUCGCGGAUCUAAUCUGGAUAUACAUAAAGUUGUGACGCAGAGAAUGUUCGCUGAUUCUUAUCUUGAGGAUAGUAUCGGUUGAAAUCAAUUUCACCACGGCGUAAUAGUAGGUUCUAGCGUCAACUACGAUCGUUUCUGAUCCAACAUAAAAGAUCGCGAUCGAAUUAUAUGUGAGGAGACACAUUGAUCGCAGUCUCCGUGUAAAAAUCGCGGACCAUAAUUUUGCCUCGUUAUAUGUGCAUGUCAUACCCCGAAGAAAUUUUAAAGAGAAUAAUGGAUUCAAGAAAACUGAAUUGCGUAAUUGACGUACAACGAUCCUGGAAACGUGUGGAAUUUCGCUGAAACUUUCAAAAAUUUGCCACUCCCUCGACGCUAAUGAGGAUAUUCAAAUUGGACGUACGAUGAGAACCUGUUGCGAGGGAAAUUAUUGUGUCUGUUGGAAAUUCUGUCACUAAAUUCAUAUUUUUAAUUAACGUUGAAUCAAUGUCUGUGUUCCUUCGAGUUUAAAACAUUAGCAAUUUUAAUGAAAAUUAGAACUAUUAAGGUGGUCCGAUAAAUCCAAUUUUUUACAGAAAUUUUAUAGAUUUACAACGGUGCAUUUUUGCAUUUUUCCCUGCAUUACAUAUUUCUUCGUAUAUGUGUCUUUCAUUUUUAUUCCACUUACUCGUUUUCUGUUCUACUUCAGCCAUCGGUAGUUUCAAUGUUUCUAGGAAUUUUUCAAUUUAUUGAAAACUAAUUGAGAAAACGGGAUAGUCAAAGAACCAUGUUUUCGCAGUGAAUCUUCCAAUUAGAAUAGACUAAAAUUAAAACACUGAAAAGUUUUUUGAACUGUUAUUGUGACAUACGUAGAUCGUGAAAAGGUUAUGAAAACCAACAAAGUUGCGUAACACUAGUAACUUUUUCUAAUCGGAAUAGAAGUCUAUUUGAAGUCAGAUUGAAGAAGAUUCUUAGAGCAUAUCACGUAUGAGCCAACUUAUGCAAUUUUCAUAUGUCUGUGAAGCCUUACGAACGUCGGAACAGCGUAUUACUUCAAUCCGGCUGAAUUUACCGAUCGAUACCUCGAGCAUCGAAAUAGUUUUCUUCGGUUAGUGAGCAAAGGAAACACCCCGCUGUAUUUAUUAUUAGUUUUGUUUUGUUUCAAUGCGGAGAUAAAUUAAAAAAGAUAACGUGACAUAACGUAGGCACGUAGUUGUAAGCUGACACCGUGAGCUCAUCGUUCUUUCAACCCGUGAGACGGCUAUACCGCCCACUGCGAGACAAAAAGGACGUUCUUCAUUUGAUGAAACAAGUAGAACAAAACUGGUUUUCGCAGAGAAUCUCAUGCCACGAACGCGCGUUUCGUUUAUUUAAUAAGGAUGCUGAUUUGCCUAUUCACGGUUCGAUCAUUUCUUACGGAGCCAUUAUGCGAACAAAGAAGAUCUCGUCUCUAUGCUUACACAAGCUUAAUAAUUAGGGAGACUCUUCUCUACCGUGGAUUUCUAAUUAAGAACCGUUCAGUUCGUUUGACGUGUGACGGGCUCUGAUUAUGUGCUUCGAAAAUGGUCAUUGUAACUGAAGCUUUUGUUGGAAUUGAUUGUGAAUUUUUGAAAUUGUUGAUAUUAAGCAACUCGUUUGAAUAAGUUUGAAACUAAUUGAUGAAGGUAGAUUGUUAAUAAAAGAAGGAGGAGUGUCGAAUAUAAAUGAAAUGAAGUGAAGCUAAUUGAGAAAGAGUUGGGCUAGGUUGCAACCAGGUAAUUAAAUUUUCUCUGAAAAUUUGCUCAAUUAGAAAACUUCGAUAGUUCGUCAUAUAAUUUCUCCCAGAGUGCUGGUAAUGAUUUUCUGGUGGAACUGUGUGUUCGUCAGAAAAAAGCUAAAAUUGUAAUAUAGUUAUCGAAAUAGUACAACUGUAUUGUAAAUGAUCAAAGAAUGCUUUUUAUAAUAAGACAAAAAAUUAAGAUAUACGAAUCUUACGCUUGAAAAAGAUAAAAGAUACUAAAAAUUUAUAAUAGCGACUCAAAUAUCUCAUACUUUAAGGAAAUAAGCUAGUACGUAGCAAGCUGCGAUGGGUGAUAAAUUAUUUUUUAAUGGUUUUCACUUUUCAAAACUAAAGCUUUUAAGUUAUGAUAAAAAGGAUCUAUUCGCAUUUCUUUUAUAAUAGUUACAUUUCUAGACAAAGUAAUAUUGUAAAAUAAAAAGGAAGCACGUUGAGAGCCACUGAUUCCUUAUGUCCUUAUUUCUUGGUCGGAGGAUCCGCGAAGAGGCGCCACGGGGAUGUCGCUGAGCGAGCUGUCCUCUCGUCUUUCAGCCACUCCCAUUUUCAGCUACCGAGUUACUGCCACUCUGUCAAUCUCACCUGACAGUCGCGUCCAAACGAAGAUACACUCCCGACAAUGAAUAACCCUCCGAGUCGCCAUUCACCUUGUCACUGAGAGGAAAAGUUGCGUCGUUUGUAUCCCACGAUAUUGCAAACGCGAUCAGUCUUGGAAAUUAGUUCUACGAACUCGUUGAAUACUGAAUUUCAAUGCACUCGUCCCAAUCGAAUGGAAGAAGUUAUACUUACGGACAAAGAUAUUCAUGAAUUUCGUCUUCGUUAAUGCAAUCAUAAUUAUUACUUCUUUUUCACUUCACAGUCACUACGGGAAUAUUAUACAGAAUGCAUCGAAAAGGGUAAUACCCAAUUUUGAAGGGAAAAGAGGAGAAGAAUGAAUCAAUUUCUGUUCGACAAUAUUUUUUCGAAAUUAAACUGUUUUGCAUACAAUUUCCAUUUACAAUAGUUAUGUAAAUGUGUAAAUGCAUUAUAAUUGUUCUCCACAGUUCUGAAGAACACUGUUAAUAAAAGUAAUUUUGCACGAGAUGAAAACAACCAAUUCUGUUGGAUAAUGAAAAGAAUAUUUGAUGAUGUUGGGGACGAUUGGAAUCCUGAUCAUGUUACUAUGUUUAUUUUUUCCCCCAUCAAAAGAUUUCAACAACCUUUCCAAAUUACCUUCGAUAAUGCGUAUAAAUUAUGUAACCUUCCAAUUCACCCCCUUUCGCACCAAUACGCUCCAAUUAAAUUUCACACCAAUAUAAAACGACCAUAAAACCAAGGGAGAAAAUUGCACCAAAUAAUUUCCCGACGUUUCGCCGAUAAAAAUACAACUUCAAGCAAAACUUUUAAGCUUCGAAAACAUGAAAGCCUUGUCCCUAGGCGUCUCAUUUGAAUAAGACAAAUGAAGACAUCCGGGAGACACACGGCGAGAACGAUGAAGCUGAUAGCUGAGAUUGGGCCAGGGAUCACCUACGGCGUGUAUACGAGGCAUCGAACCGUACCGAUUGAUUACGAUCGUUACGAAGACAAUGGUGGACACGGGCUUAUUCUAACGACGACGGCUCUAACUUUGGAACCAGGAGGAUUACCUUGGAUGGUCUGCCACGGUUAGCAAAGGAUCGAGUUUUGUCCGCUGAAAACCGAUCUCCUGUCUACUACCCACGCCUUGAUAUCUUUUACUAUUCCUCAGUUUUUCGAUCUGACGAUCGUACUAUUUAGAGAUAAGAAACUAACUAUAAUCAAAAUUCAUAGCUUUUCAUAUUUUUACUCGGUUAUUUACAGUGGCGGACAGAAGAAAGUUUAAAGCUGACACUCGUGUAUAUAAUCAUAAUUUCUAUCAACAUCUUUCUUGUCGUUUAUUACAUUAAUUCAUAUUAAUUUAUAAUAAUUAUAUUAUACAUUCAUUUCUCUCGUCACUUAUAAUUCACUUUUGCAAAAUUAUAACGUUUCUUCCGUUUUAUUCUUUAAAUUUUCUUCUGGAUGUUACUGCAUAUGUAUAAAUUCCUAUUUAUACGUAUGAAUAAAUAGUUAAUAGAAUAGAAUGUAAGCAAACGAUUGUUCUACUUAUUAAAUAUUAUAACAAACACUAUACUUUGGAUAUUUUAUACAGGAUAGCUCAGAAAUUAUGGUAGCAACUAGCAAGUCAGGAAUGUGGAAUAAAUCUUUUUCAGUUUCUGAGGAAAGCAUAUCUGUUGAAACUCUAUUUUCGUGGAAAUGAGGACUUGAAUAGAAAAAUUGUAUUCUACGUUUUUCACUUAUUUUCGCACGUAGAUUAAUCUUCUGUUUACUCAUUUGGUAAGUACCAAUUAUAAGUUACCAAUUGGUAAGUUGACAAAUUUACGUAUAUUAAAUUUUCCAAGUACGAUUUUAUCGAAAAUGAAGCGUAGUAUGAAAUGUGUUUACUCUAUACUUUUGAUUCUGCUAUUAUUACUGGCUCUCUUUGUAUCUUUUUAUAAAUUAGAUAUUUGCAUUCCGUGUAUUACUUGUCGAUUUUUGUAGCUUCAAAUCAACAUCUAGAUAUAAAUGUAUGAAAGCUCUCAGGAUUUACGAUCCUACACAAGAAAAUGAAAUUACGCUAUAACCAAUCAAACCCAUCUUAUCAUUCCUUCGUAUAUUGCUACGUUUUAUCAUGCAAAUCGAACCGAGUAACCGUAAAAGCGACCGUCCUUCGAAGCUUAGUAAAGCAUGUCGAAUAAAAUCCUAAGAUUGUGGCGUCACGCGAGAAGAUCUCGUUUUCGAUCCCCGGUUUUAGUCUCGAACGACUUGAUUGAGCAGUUGAGGCCGAUCGAGACGUGUUGGGGAUCGUUUAACUCGUGGUGGAUCGAGGUUGCAGGCGGUUUGCCACAAUUUGUCUGGACGGCGAAGUAACGUGUUAACGGGCUAGAAAGUGGCUGCAGGUGUUGUUAGCUUUCGUGACUCGACGCGUUAACGGGAGCGUGGCGUUUUCGCGUGUCGUGGCGCGCGCGGCACCUUCGUGUUGCGAAAGAGUAACGUUUUCUCGAGAGCAACGCGAAAAUGUAUGUAAUCGAGGAGCGGUGGAGAUUCUGGUGGUUCUAUGCGUUUCGGAUAAUAGCGGAACGUUUUCCAGCGAACGAAACUUCCUAUUCAGGAAGGACUAGCUCGAAGGAAUCGAGAGGCGCGUUAUCCUGGUGACUGUGCCUCGUGAAAGGAAGAAAGUUUGCGUACGAAGCGUACACCGGCGUUUUGUGCCACGGUUCUCGAAAGUAUGAACUACGGAAACUACGGCAUCUCUAGAGGGAAGGUAAUGAUAUUGGGGAUUGAGAAACUGCGCUGACAAGUUAGGUUAAAGACACCUAUUCUCUACGCCUACCACAAAACUUUCUUUUCAUAAUUCAAGCAUUAAAAUCCAACUGGAGAAAUAUCUUACUCCUACCGCUAAACCAUCUCUCCGAUACUGGAACCACAGAAAAUACGUGUUACACGAAGUUAACACCUCGCAAUUCCUCCGCCUCCGACAUAUGGCAAACAAAUCUAACAAAUAUAAAUGGAGGAAGGAAGAAGAUUUGUCUUGAUCAGAGGAACAUAUUCGAUAUGGUUCUAGACGCGCGGCGAAUGAAUCAUGUUGCCGACUGUAACCGUGUAUAAAACUAUAUCGAAGCCACCCCCUUACAAGAACGUAUAACGGUUGAAAAAGGGGGGGUGUAUGUGUCGGGAUAGAAGGGGAGGAUGGCACGUUUCUGCGCAACUCCGAGGGCUUUUCCCCUGUCCCUCGCCAUCUGCUGGAAGCUGCACGAGUGAGGAGAUGUAUUGAACAGGCUGAAUGCGCGUGCAGAGAUGCGCGAGUAUCCGCGAAUUCCCGGCAGCACGGGGCCGCAGUCCGCACAAUAAAGAAAAAAAUUGCCACAGAGUUAGGGGAACAGAGAGGUGGCGAGCGAGACAGAGACAGAGACACCGUCCUAAUCCUCCUGGACGCCGAAGAGGCAGACUCGAUUAAUAGUCACGGUCGCGAGAGAAACGACGUCGUCCUCGUGCGCGCGGUGCCUCGGGAUGAGACUGCUGCUACUUUAAGCGGAGCUUCCGGAACGGAGUACCGUUCAAUGGGCCACCGCGUCUGGUGAUCAUCAUCUCUGGUGAAACAGUUUUUCAAUUUGUGUCUCCCGUCUCGUAAAUCGUUCUAUCAACGCGUCGUUACUCACGAGUUCAACGAAUAAAACGAGUUGUUCGGUCGACGUCGAAACGCGUGUGAGUCGUUUUGUCCGGGAAACGAGCAGUAUCAGACAAACGCCUGAUAAAAUGAGACCCGGCGGCUUCCUUCUGUUGCAUCUUCUGCUUUUGUGUAUCUUUUUCCUCGCGUCGGAAGCGAGACUCGGACAACAAGCGGCUGACGACGACGACGACGACGACGACGAUGAUUGGGACGACGAAGACGACGAGGACGACGACACCGACGAGCAGAGUUAUCAAACGAAACCGGAGGUGGACGAUGACGGACGCAUAUACAAGAACCCGAGGAAUUCCCCGUCGGCGGCGUGUCCAAGAAACGAGGGACAGGCGGAAUUGCUCGGCCAGAAGUGUCUGCGAAAGUGUUCUACUGAUGAAGAUUGCAAGAGCAAGAAGAAGAAGUGCAGAUGCGACGGUGUUUGCGGGAUGUCUUGCAUCAAGCCUGAGAGAGAAUGCCCGGCGCUGAGCGAUAUUCAGCACGGUGUGAAGUCAGAGACUGGAAGAUUUUUCGGCGAUCAAGUCCAUUACACUUGUGAUCCUGAUUAUUUCACCGUCGGUGUUACCGAGAGAACGUGCAGGGCCGACGGUAAAUGGACCGGCACGACGCCUUCCUGCAAGAAGGAUGUCAGUUCCUUCUGUUCUCAGCCGCCUAAGGUGAAAAACGCGCGACACAACGCGCUCUCUGAACAGACCACUUUCGACUUGGACAACGAAGUUCAGUACUUUUGCGACCAUGGUUACACGACUACCGGUAUCAGAAAGGCGAGGUGCCUGUUGAUGGAAGGUAUUGCUAGCUGGUUCGGACCUGACAUCACCUGCGAGCCGCAGAAAUGUGGACCUCCCGCGGACAUUGCGAACGGCGGGUACGCCGGCGAAUGUUAUACGUACGAUUGCAGUGUGUCGUAUCACUGUAUGGAUGGCUACGAAUUAGUUGGCAAAGCGGAGAAGCUAUGCUUGGCAGAUGGCACAUGGACUCCUAAAGAAUCACCACAAUGUGUGCAAGUUACAACGGUGCAAUGCCCGAAACCGGAGAAUCCAGUGAGCGGGAACGCGGUGUACACUUCGUAUGCAUACAAUUCCAUCGUGUCGUACGAAUGCAAGUAUGGAUACACAGUGGUCGGCGCGACGACCAGGCGUUGCGGGGCAGAUAGAAAAUGGACCGGAAAGACACCUACCUGCCAAGAGAUUAAUUGCGGUUCACCUGGUGUUCUGUACAACGGUUGGAUUGAGAAUAUCGAGGCGGGUACCGGUCUGGGUGCCAGUAUAAUUUUCCGCUGCAACGACCACAUGAAGCUCGAGGGAAAUACCUCGUCGGUUUGUCAGAUCGACGGAAAGUGGCGUUAUCCAUUGCCGCAGUGUCUUGCACCUUGUGUCGUGCCUCAAAUAGAAAACGGUAACAUCACGGUGGCCAGCCACGAUAGGGAUCACAUCAACAACGUGACUGUGGUCGAGCAUGGCGAGAGAUUGCUAGUUUUUUGUGAAGAAAAUUAUGAAUUCGCGGCGAACAACACGCCCGUGGUUUGUAAUAAUGGCACGUGGUCCAUCGUGCCCAGUUGCUCGCCUGCCAGGUGCAAACAAUUGCCUAAAUCGCCCAAAAAUGGAAUGGUGAUAGCACCCAAAACCGAUCACGGAAUGAAAGCGAUAUUCAAGUGCAAAGAUGGCUUUGAACUUGUCAAAGAUGGACCAGACAACAUCACGAGGUCGGUGAAAUGUCAAUAUGGAAAUUGGAUCGGAGACAUUCCUCACUGCAUGCAAGUGUUUUGUCCUUUCCCUGGUUUCAUCGAGAAUGGAAAGGUCUUCUUGAUGGGCAACAUGGGAGUCUAUGAUUAUAGGCCGUAUGUGAAGAAGGUUGUGAAUAACAAGCAGAUUAUGUAUGAUUGUGACAAAGGAUACGUCCUGGAUGAUGGACCCACUGGAGCAACUUGUGUUGGAGGAAGCUGGAGCCCUAAGGAGCUGCCCAAGUGCAUUCCUGGACAGCAUCCUAGGCUCAGAUGGAGCAGACGUCGAAGAUCCGUGAAUGAGGAAGAUCUUACUAUGAAUUACAGAAAAUUCAUCGAGUUCUUCCGCAAGAUCGGCAAGAAGCUGCUGCAUCUCGAGAUGAACAAGAGCAAAGAGCACUCGAAGCAUAAGAUCGAGGCGAAGAACUCGAACUCCAGCCAUCACGACAACAGCACUGAAGCUCUAUCGUGGAAGAAGCAUCCAGGCCAUGGAAACAGAUCGCGUCUUCGCGAGGAGAAGAUGAUCGACUUUCUUAAAAUCGUCUAUCGUAAGCUGCAACGCAUGGACGCCAGACAAUCUAACAAUUCCACCAAUGGCAGUAUGCACGAUCUUCUAAACGCUAUGAGUAAAAACUUCUUCCACGUAGAUCUAUCCGAAUCUCGGAAGAAUAAUUCCGGCAGAGGUCGUUCGGAAUUUGAAAUUCGAAACCAGAGAGAAUUCAUCAAACUUAAACGAGAGUUCGAGAGGAUCAUGCGAUUUUAUAAUAAGUCAAUGCGUUGGAACGAGAAGCAGAAUCGAAAGGAUUCAAAGAAGAAAGGCCAAUCUCACGGGGAAAAGGGGAAGAAAUCAAAGGACAAGAAGAAGCAUCGUAAAAAUUAUUACAAAGGAUUCUACGAAUUCGUGAACAGUUACGUAACCGAAAAACUGUCUAUGUUGGAGGCCCGGAACGCCACCGAGGAGCUGAUCAAAAACAUGAAGAUCGACAAGUUCACCGUGCGAAACGGCACAACGUUCACAGUAGGUGAGAUGUACGCGUUCUUCAAACAUAUCAUAGAGGCUAAAUUAAACAACACGGAGGACACGACGCUGGGGGAACCGUCGACAACGGCGUCUUCGUUUUUCACGAGUACAACCGCCGCCAUUGGCAGCGGGAACAGUAGCAGCAGUACGGUGACGACUUCGAGCACGUCGACGACAAGCGGCACGACUACGACGCUGGCGACGCCGAGGGAGAUCGAGGCGCGUGAUAAUCGAUCUUCGACGAUGGCCAGUAACGAGUCUUCGAUGCUGGACAACGAGAUCCCAGCCAAAGAAGGAGUGCCAAAGCACCGCAGCAAGCGAAUACGAAACGCAUCCGAGGACAGUGGUCCUCCGCGUCAGAAGAGGAGGCUGCUGUCCCUGAACGAGCUGCUGAUAGCCAACAAGAAGAGCACCAACAACAUUGCCGGCUCGUCGUCGUGGAGGAGCGAGAAGCAAUGGGCUACAAAGAGGUUCAGGGCCUACGACGACGAAAAGACCAGGCUGUUUACGUUCAAAGAGCUCGAGGCUCAACAACAAAGUCGCUCUAAACGAUUCCUGCCACCGUCUGAGCUGGAUAAUCAAAUCUUUUUAAAAAAUUUAUAUCUACACGCGUACGAGGACGAAUAUAGGGCGAACGUGAAACGUUCGAUCGUUCAAGGAAAUCAUACGAACGAGCAGCAGCCGACUGUGUACAGGAGGCGUAAGGGCAACCUGGGCGCGUACGAGAUCAAAUGAACGAAAAGCGGAAUUAAUUGUGUUGUGAUAUUAUUGACGGAAUUUACUGAGGUCAUUAAUACCGAUAUCAAUUCGAUUUUAGGCGAGUAUACAUAAUAUACGAUAGGAUUAUAAUCGUUGUCCCUCGUCGAUGCGCAUUGUAAGACGUGUAUCGCGCUUUUUUCAAUGAAUCAAUCUUUUUCCAUUUGUCGAGUCUCGGUGUAACCUGGUUUUACGAUGGGGUUCAGUCAUUAUUCGACACUUAUUCGCGGCGAUGCGAGCUGAUAGAAUUUCAACGGUUUGUUCCAGGUAUUCCCUUUUGUUUUUUUCUUUCCUUUCAUUGUGUUUUCCUCGUCGUGAUAAUUGAUGGUUAUUCGAUAAGUCGAUGAUUAUUCGAUGUCUUUUUAUCUAUGGAAUGCGAAGAUUAGUGCACAAGCCCCUUGUCCAGUUGAAAUCGUUGUCAAAAGGAGAGGGUUAAAAGUGUGUUACAGGGUUUUUAAUCCACAACGUUUAAGACUGAUCAACUUCGAAUUUUUAACGUAACUUUUAGGGUUUCUUCGCUUUCUUCUGUCUACAACGGAUAAAUUUUCAACGUUGAAUUUUUGAAGAGAGAUUGAUGAAAAAAUGCUUGCCAAAUUUCCUUACUUUUAUUAGUCUGUGAUACUACGGGAAAGCAGUAGUUCUUCACUUAGUGUAACGAGCAUAUAUCGUUAAUAAGAUAAAUAUGAAGAACGAAAAACAGAAUCAAAAUGGAGACGACGUAUUGACUACAAGGGGUGUAAAAGUAUUUUAGAUAUGGCUGUCGCUGAAAGUAGAGAUAAUCGCCAGCACAAGUGCAGCGUGUCGUUCUGUUUUCAAAGUAGCCAGCUCGCAUCGCAAAAAGUAUUUUAAACUCUUUGAAAAAUCGUAUUAGUAGAAGGAUAUGUUAAACGUAUUUUAAGUAUAUCGUGGAAAAGGCAUAAAAAAAAAAGAAAAAAGAUAAAACGAAGAAUAAAAGGAUUUAAGAAAAAGAAGACGAGUCGAGAAGGAAAAAAGGUAGAACACGUUCGGAACUCGUUCGAUCAAAACGAUCUUCCGUUGUAUAAUCGAUUAAGUUUUCACGAACCGCGAGGCUGUGUUUGUUAAACUAUUAUAUCGAUUAAAAAAAUAGGUUUUUUAACUGUUAUUAUCGAAAGGCAUUGUAACGUUACGACGUUGUAUAUAAUACAUUCACGUUGAUUUCACGUGUUUCUCUCCUCGGUUUGAUACCAAGACGAUAAGAUAUAUAUAUACACAUACGGUCGUAUCAAUACUCCCGUCCUCGUCUCUUCGUAAUUAACUUUUACUUGCGAAUGUUUCAAAUCCACAGUACACGCAUACAUAUUUGAAACCAUUUGUAUCGGUCGAUCGAUCGAUCGACCCUUCUCAAACAAAGAAAGACACUGCGAAUCAAACCAUACACCACUCGUAUACAGACACUCGUGCAUUUUUAUGAAUGACAAGUCAUGGACAAGUAUCAUUAGUGAAUAAUAAGUAUUAUGAUACGAACAAUA